UGUAGGUUUUUGCACAUUCCUGCACACCUGUAAAGGUGCAUAAUUACAUGUGCGAUUCACUAUUACCAUAAAGACAGCUGUGUUAAGCAUUUUUUCCUCACAAAUAUACUUAAACUAACAUAAUCAGGUUAUUCAGUUAAGCUACUGUAGGUAUAAAAUUUUCAGUUUUUUUCAGUUAUAAACUAUUACAAUGCAUUUUGUGCACUUGAUAGCAGAAUGAUGGAAUGAGCUGGUGCUUGGCAGAUGUGUAUGUGAUAAAAAUUUCCCAUGAGCCCUUUACCCUUUUCAAUGCAUUACCCGGUUCAAUGCAUCAGUGCUUUUCUAAUGCAAUUUUCAGUUCAUAGAGGUUGAACCUCUGUGAUUCUGUUAAAUAUCUGCUGACAUUCAUGACAUUAUGUUUUUGGUUGUGCCUUUCCCCAUAUACUUGACUACGUAAAGAUGCGUUUAGUGGUCCCUCCUCAUCACAGGGACCAUUUCCCAGUUGUCCCCCCAAUGAGAGCCAUUUAAAGUGCAUGGACUUGAACUUUAUUGGGCCUGUUCAACUAAAACGAAAACUUUAAAAACAAACAAUCUAUUUUUAGCACACUUUAUAGUAACUUAAUAUUCUGGAUAUUUUCAAGCAUUUUCCAUCAUGUGAAAGUAAAUCCGAUGGUAAAGUAAAGCACAGGUAAAAUGGAAAUUUCCAUCCACGUGUGUUUUUUUGUCCUACAGCAUAUUUCUUUCUCUUCUCAAAAAAAAAGUUUAUAUUCUCUUCUGUCCUCCUGUCUUUGAGUCUAUAAUUACAUCUUAUUGGUUGACUAUAGCUGGGCCAGCGUAGGCCAAUGGCAGCACUGGAAGCAGCAUGCACUCGGCCCCAUGGGAUGCACCGUUUUUGUUUUUAAUUAUCAAGGUUGGGUUUAAAUUGUGACCAGGAUCUCUGUGGCACAGUCUUUGUACAGAGGUGUGUUGAGAAGUACACAAGGGGUUUGGCUCACCAUCCUCUUCCAGACAGUCAGCUGUAGGGCUGAAAUACGGGGUCCCAUCAGCUCAUCACGGGUAACAUCUAACACAGGUAAAACAGAUUACAUUUCUGCUUCUUCCAGAAUAUGUUCAACAUUUGCUAUAGAUACUUUAAUUUGAUUUGCAAAGUGACUUAAAAAUAUUGCUUCAGACAUUUUUCAGAGACUUUUAAGCUUAAUAGUGCAAGUUCACAAACUUUUUUGCAUAAAAUGUUCAUAAGUUAUUUAAUAUUUGACAGACGCUUUUAUCCAAAGCAAGUUACAUUGCAUUAUACUAUACAUUUGUUUCUGAGUUUGUGCAAUCCCUGGGAUCGAACCCAAGGCCUUGGCAUUACUAGCGCCAUGCUCUAAACACUGAGCUAUUUUGUUUUUACAAGGCCAUCAUCACCAAAGUCGCACCAACAAUACAGGAAAAAUACUGUAGGAAGGUGUAAAUAAAAAAACAGUUAUAUUAUGGAAUAGAGCAAAAUGUUAAAACCUGAAGAAGUAAAGUUUUGAUAACUAAUAAUCUUAUUUAGGAAUUGAAAAUGUACAGGAAAAGUCACACCUGGUCAAAGGGUUAAAACGUUUUCUGUUUUAUUUUAAUAUUUUAUAACACUUGCUAAAAUAAAAUUGCAGGUUAUUAAAUGAAAAGUUGUUUAGAAAAUAAAUAAAUAAAGUUACUAGAAAUAAAUUACUAUUGGCCAAGUUUUUAUUUUCCACAUAUAAACGUACAGAUUAAUCAAAAACACAUUUUUACAUACUAAAUAUUUCUUCUUUUUCAAAGGAAUCUCCAAGGUUAAGAAUGGCUCGUUUAAGAGGAUCUACCCUCUUCAAUGUAUUCGCUGGAAUGCUGCUAGCAACAAUGUUAUUACCUGAGUUCCUGCUGGCCGGGCCUGUGAUCCAGCGUUUAAAAGGAGAUGAUGGAAGCAAUGACAAAGCAAGCGUUGAGGCUGGAUCACCAAAACUAAUCCGCAACCGAAGAAACAUCAGUUGGUACAAGCAGCACUCUGACUUCUGGAACUGGUACAAGUACUUCACUGACAAUGGAAACCAGGAGGGAGUAGCAGAGCUCGAUCGCGUCUAUCUGGCAUACCUGCAAAAUAAGAACAGAGCAGAGUCACGUCGUUCCUACAAGAUGUACCUGCAGCACCUCGCCGACAUCUACAAAUCUUGUGCCGAGACUGACGACCCAAACUGCGUGGCCUCUUACGCAAGACCCAAACCCAAAGUUGAGGCAUCAGCACCUGCGCCAAUCAAGUCAUGUGACCCUUACAGAGACCCAUACUGCUUGCAAUCUAAGGGAUACAACUAUUACCCCUACCUGGCCCCGGCUCCAGCCCCUGUCAAAGCCGCUGCCCCUGCUCCAGUUAAAGCCCCAGCUUACCUCCACACCCCAGUGAUGAAAGACCCACGCUCUGGUCACUACUAUUACUCUCCGUUGGUGCAGUCCUUCCUGACAGCUGAACAGAAGUCCGAGCUGUUGCGCAUCUGUGAUGCGGAGGACGUCGAGUGUCUGCAGUACCACCUCCGUGCAGCCUACGGUUACAAGCCUGCAGCUGUCAUGGCUCCAUCCUAUGCCCAUCUCGGCUGUGACCCUAAGACCGAUCCUCGUUGUGUCCCCCACCUGUCCCAGAAGGCACCAUCUGGUCUGCACAUGCCCUAUCCUCACUGUGAUCCUCGUGUGGACCCGUACUGCGCUUAUGCAUACGCCCUUGCAUCCUCCCAGAACCUGGAGGCUCCUUCAUCUCCAUCAGCUUUGGAGAGACAAUGCAACCCACUCUACGAUGACAGCUGCAACCCUCUGACAGCCUCAAGGUUUGGCAGCUUGUCCUACAAUGCUCCAAAGGACGAGCCUGCCUCUGAAGCCAGCGCCAUGCGCGUACCUCCCAGCUCUCGUCACGACCCCUACGCCUUGUACCGAGACGCAUCUGCAGGGGCAGACUUGCGCAGACGCAUGCCCACCCAUCUCCAGCCUCCAAGGCACCAACCGGAGGAACAUCAACAUCAUCUUGGGCCUCGUGGGAAGACCAAAGAGGGCUAUGAUUGCUUCAUCGGGUAUGAUGAAGAGUGUUACCCCCUGGGUUCACAGAAUGAACAAGGCAGUGAUGUGCAGAGACGGGCACCCUACCCUUCCGAAGCCUACGAGCCCUAUCUGAAAGCUGAUGGAACCAGAAGCGGAGUGGUCGAGCCUGAUCCCGACUGCGACCCGGAAUACGAUAGAAACUGCCGCUUGCGCCGCUACGAGCCUGAGGCGGCCGAGCCUGCCAGUCCUUCACCUGUGGACGCCCAUACAACCCAGGAGCACAGCAACGAGCAGGGUCACCAUGAGGUCCCCCAGUAUCGUGAAGACUCCUACCCGGAGACCGCAGGCUAUGAGCAGCAGUACGACCCCUACAUGAGUGGACAAGAGGAUCCGUAUGCUGGAAAUGGCCCACAGGAGGCCGGAGCACCUAAUUUUCAGGAUAUCCUGAGAGGAUACGGUGGGCGAUAUCCUGGCCAGGAUGACCAGCGUGGUUACACGGGAGACUACAGAAAGAAAUAAGAGGCUCAUGACAAUGUACACCAAAAAUAAAUGUAGAACGGGACAGAAUGUGGGCUGGAGAUAAAAAGUGCACACACCAAAUGCCAGAACGUAGAUGCAGAAUUUCAUUUGAUUUGCUCACGUGUCAUGUUUUCGAGAGCUGCUGUAUUUUAAGCUCUACACUUUGACAGCACUUGUAUAGGGAAAUCAAUUCUGUUUGUUUUUUAUUCAAAUGGUCCAUGUACCACGAGUGCGUUAUUGUUUCUCUAGGAUGCAUUUCGCUCUGACUUAUAAAGUACUUGAGUACUUUGUAUAUGUGAAAAAAGGCAGGAAAAAAAGAGAAGUAUGGUGUACUUGAACAUACCAAAGUCAUGACCACCUCACCCAUUUUAGCUUUAACGCAGAUUUACCCAGCAUUCCCGCUUCAAAGGAAUAUUUAAAUAACUGGACCCCUGCUUGUUUCUUUCAUUUAAAUCACCAAAAGUGUUGCUUUGUAUUUUGUUUGCUUAUGAUUUGUAAGAUUUUUGCUUGGAAUGUUUCCAAUAAAAGCU